AUAUAGAUGCUGACGAAUGGAGCUGCUGUCGUGAGCGGGGAACAUGACACAGAGGUCACUGAACUGAUGGCUGUCUACACCAAACAGAACCCUGUAGCCGACAAGUUGUCCUUAUCGGAUAGCUCAGAGAGCCAUGGCUGCAGCGAGGCCCAGAGACUGGACAUGAUCUACACUGUUGAAGACGUCCCACCCUGGUACCUCUGUAUAUUCCUGGGUUUACAGCACUACCUGACCUGUUUCAGUGGUACCAUCGCUGUUCCCUUCCUAUUGGUUGAUGCCAUGUGUGUUGGCUUUGACCAGUGGGCCACCAGUCAACUGAUUGGGACCAUCUUCUUCUGUGUGGGCUUGACAACGCUGCUUCAGAGUACCCUCGGCUGCAGGCUGCCGUUGUUCCAGGCCAGUGCUUUUGCGUUUCUCGCUCCUGCUCGAGCCAUCCUGUCCCUGGAGAAAUGGAAAUGUAAUAACUCAGAUAUAACCUUUACCAAUAGCUCAGAAAUGAUGGACACAUCACAUAUUUGGCACCCGAGGAUUCGAGAGAUCCAAGGUGCGAUCAUCAUGUCCUCCCUGGUGGAGGUGCUGAUCGGGUUCCUGGGCCUGCCUGGCAUUCUGCUGAGCUACAUCGGCCCCCUGACCAUCACGCCGACGGUGGCUCUGAUCGGUCUCUCAGGUUACCAGGCAGCUGGUGAGCGAGCUGGGAAGCACUGGGGCAUCGCCAUGCUGACCAUAUUUCUGGUGCUGUUCUUCUCUCAGUACGCGCGCAAUGUGAAACUUCCCCUCCCGGUUUAUAAAUACAAGAAAGGCUGGACAGUCUACAAGUUGCAGCUGUUUAAGAUGUUCCCGAUUAUCUUGGCCAUUUUGGUGUCGUGGUUCCUGUGCUUUGUCUUCACGGUGACGGAUGUUUUCCCACCAGACAGCGGUCAGUACGGAUACUACGCUAGGACUGAUGCUCGGAAAGGUGUCCUCUCUGUCGCUCCGUGGUUCAAAGUUCCUUAUCCCUGUCAGUGGGGCUUGCCCACAGUCUCGGCAGCGGGGGUGAUAGGCAUGCUGAGUGCUGUUGUUGCCAGCAUCAUCGAAUCUAUCGGUGAUUAUUACGCCUGUGCCAGGUUAUCCUGUGCCCCACCUCCACCAGUCCAUGCAAUUAACAGAGGCAUCAUGGUGGAAGGCCUGUCGUGUGUCCUGGAUGGGCUGUUCGGAACGGGGAACGGCUCGACAUCAUCCAGCCCCAACAUCGGGGUUUUGGGUAUCACCAAGGUGGGGAGCAGGAGGGUAAUCCAGUACGGAGCUGCAAUGAUGGUUCUGCUGGGAACAAUUGGCAAGUUCAGUGCACUGUUCGCCUCCCUCCCAGACCCAGUACUCGGAGCGUUGUUCUGCACUUUAUUCGGGAUGAUCACUGCUGUCGGCUUGUCCAACCUUCAGUUUGUCGACCUGAACUCCUCCCGGAAUCUCUUUGUGCUAGGAUUUUCCAUCUUUUUCGGGUUAAUGCUGCCUAGUUACCUGAAGCAAAACCCCCUUGUGACAGGUAUUUCUGAAGUUGACCAAGUCCUGAAUGUACUGUUGACAACAGCGAUGUUUGUUGGAGGUUGUGUUGCAUUUCUGUUGGACAAUACUAUCCCAGGCACCAUUGAAGAAAGAGGUCUUCGCAAAUGGAAGGCUGGUAUGGUGGCGACCAAGUCUUUGGACAGUAAAGAGACUUACAACCUGCCGUUUGGCAUGGCGUUGAUGAAGAGGUACAAGGUGUUCAGUUACCUGCCCAUCAGCCCCACCUUUACGGGAUAUGGAUGGCGGACGUGCCAGGAGGCUGGCAGCUUGAGGAGUCGGCCUGACAAUGCUGAAGCGUCUGUAUAGCAUGCAGCCAACCACCCUGUGCCCUCUGAGGCUCCGAGUCCAUUCCACUGUUCAGAUUGUGGCUCCCACGAUGGGGAAGGCAUGCA